AAUGAACGGUUUGUAAACUACAUGCAGCUGCAGGACUUACAUUGUUCACUGCAGAGCUGCAGCAACUACUGUCUGUGUGUCAGCCUCACAGGGACCAUCUUUUAAAGGAAACAUGCCCUCCACGCGCUCUAAGACUCUGGCCUCCCAGCCUCCAUCCACCAGGAUGAGUUUGAGGAGCUUCCGUAGUGUCCCCCUGGUUCCCAUGGAAACAUCAUCCUCUUCCUCUGAAGACAGCUGCGAUAGCUUUGGCUCCGAUGGAGGCUUUGCAAAUACGAGGAGCAGCUUGAGACUGACGAGGAGGACGGCGGAGAAGACAAAGUUAUUCGAGUCAUCAUCGGAGGAGGAUUCAUGCUGUGGGUUUGAGAAUGUGAUCAACAGUCCGAUGAAAGCCCUGAAAGUAAACACGGAACCAACAAAACGUGGCCGCAGGUCAAGUGUCUUGAAGGUGGCGAUGACUUUUCCCUCCAAAAAAAUGGGCAAGAAGAGACCUGCGUCUGAACCGCUCUCUCAGAUCAAAGUCCAGGAUGCAGACUCUGAGGGGGAGGAGGAGAACUUCAUGCAUAAGAGAGCUCUGAAUAUCAAGGAGAACAAAGAAAUGCUUGCAAAGCUCAUGGCCGAGCUGAACAAAGUCCCUGGACUCUUUCCAAGACGGUCUGCAUUAUCUGCUGCUACGCCUAGACAAGCACCCCGGCGCUCUAUGGGACCUCCAGGUGCUCAUAGGAGGAACCCAGAGCGUCUUUCUCGACCACACACCCGCUCUCGCACAAUGGUGGAUGGACCUCCCAGCCCAACUCCAGAGGAGGAGCCUGAGGACAAGUUCAGCCUGGUUCGCAAGAGCCGCUACUAUGAGGAGGAGGAUGAACCACCUCGUCGCCGCACCUUCAACGGUCACAAGUCCAUCCCUCAUGUUGUGGUACCCGUGGAGGAAAUCACUGAGAUGGAACUGCAGAGGAUCUGCACCAACGUGCGAGAGAAAGUUUACAACAGCUCAACUGGAUCCACUUGUCACCAGUGCCGCCAGAAGACUGUCGACACAAAAACGAACUGCCGUAAUCCAGAAUGCGUCGGGGUGAGGGGUCAGUUCUGUGGACCUUGUUUGCGUAACCGCUACGGGGAGGAGGUCCGAGACGCUCUGCUAGAUUCUGAGUGGCAGUGCCCGCCGUGUAGAGGGAUCUGUAACUGCAGCUUCUGUCGAGCCAGAGACGGUCGCUGUGCCACAGGAGUGCUGGUUUACCUCGCUAAAUAUCACGGCCAUGAUAACGUGCACGCUUACCUGAAGAGCUUGAAAAAGGAGCUGGAAGAGAACGCUGAGUAAAGAAUGGAAGAAGGACCGGUGGAUCUGAUCCUGAAUCUGACUGACUGUCUUUUUACGCAAACUGUUCACGGUGUUAUAAGCAUUAUGAAAAUGUUUAAAGUUCCUGUUUGUAAAUAUGUUGCAUACUUUUAAGUAUUGGUUCUUAAGUUCUCAGUCCUCUCCAGCUUUGAGCUUGCAUUGUAUUUUUAAAACCCUUGAACUUUUAAAAUUGUUCGACCGGUUAAAACAUCCCAAUUCGACCUCAAAAAUAUGUAAGACUGUUGUAAAUAAUCAAAUGUUGUGUUAACAUUGGAGAAUCAAUCUGCCUUCUGUUCAAAAAUUCAUCUUUUUUUAAAUGAUCCACUGUAUUUUACAUUGUUUUAAAUGUAUUGCUCUUACAUGGGUCCAAUUGGAAAUUAGUUGGCCACAAAGUGAUCCAUCUGUGCCUUAUUUUUAUUUUUUUUUAAACAUUGCAGAUUUACGCUUGUGUUUUUACAAGUUGCCUAUCUCCUUUAAAUCUGCUGCGUGUAAAUGUUAAAAAACAAAUAGUUUGCUUUAGUCCAAUAGAAACAGCUCAAUGAUCUAGCAUGCUGCUGAGGUGUUGCAGGUGUAAAGGGCACAGACUGGGGUCCACUGCCUCUCACUUCUUAAACUGAGAGGAACUGUGUGAUAUACUACAGCGCCUGGUUAAAUAUCCUUCAUUAGAUAACUGUCACUAAUGGUGUGGAAACAAUUAGCACACUCUAAUGGGAAUCUCGUACCUGUAAAUCAUUUGAUCCUGUUAAAGCACAUUCUCGCUCUGCUGCAGUCUCUUUGGCUCAUUUUCUGUCGUACUCUGUUAAGUAGGAAUGGUUGAAGGUGCCACUGAAGAGGCUGUAGAGUUAUGGCCUUCAUUUUUUUUUUCUUCAAGUGUAAUACUCUACACCAAAUGACAUGGAAUUAACCCCUGAAAUGUACUUCAUUUGACCCACACCAGGACGUACUCUGAUUACAUGAUACACUUUCAAAAUAAUCAACGGUGGAUAUUUGUCCUCCGGCUUAAUGGCAGGUGGAGGUUAUCUCACUGCUGCUUGUUUAUCAGACACUGCACUCCUAACAGAGAAAUGACUGCUUCAUGCUAUCUGCCCUGUUAAAGCUUGCCCUGUGCUUAUUGGUUAACUGUACAUUUCUAAUAAAGUGUUUUCACUGCA